GAAGCUCAGCGUGAGCACGGACGGCAGCGAAGCAGCCCGCGGAGACCAGCGUCAGACCCACUGAGCGCCCGGCAGCCAGGCUCACUCUCUCUCUCUCGCGCGCGCACUAGCGGCUCUGUGAGCGCGCGCGUCGAAGCGGAGUCCGCCGGGGGCUUCCGAGCGGACGCCCGGCGAUGGAACGCUCGCCCGCGGUCGCCGCAGCCGGCCAGCUACGUCUUUCCCUGGGGCCCCGACCCGCCCCGGCCCCGCACCGCCCCGGCCCCGCGCUCCGCCGGCCCCUCUGACGCCGGAGCAGAGAGACAGAGCCGCCGCGCUCGCGCCGGCCGCCGCCAUCAGUUGAAGGAUGCGGCGCUUCGACAGGCUGAAGAACUCGCUGCCCUUCCUCUCGCGCUUCCGCUCCUACAGAAAGCUGGGCAGUAGCAUGCAGUCGGACGAAGGGACGGAAUGGCUCCUGGAGCUCCUGAUGGAGGUCCAGCUGCAGCAGUACUUCCUGCGUAUCCGCGACGACCUCAACGUCACCCGCCUCUCGCACUUCGACUACGUCAAGAGCGAGGACCUGGAGAAGAUCGGGAUGGGGGGACCGGGGCAGCGACGGCUGUGGGAGGCGGUCAAGAGGCGGAAGGCCCUGUGCAAGCGCAAGUCCUGGAUGAGCAAGGUGUUCAGCGGCAAGAGGCUCGAGGCGGACUUCCAGCCCCAGCCCGCCUCCACCUUCCGCAAGCCGUCCCCCACCCCGCCCCCCGGGGAGGGCCAGCAGCAGGCCCUCACCUGCCUGAUCAGCGACAAGGACCUGGUGCUCCUGGAGAAGCUGGGCGACGGCUCCUUCGGCGUGGUCAAGCGCGGGGAGUGGUUCACCCCCUCCGGGAAAGUGCUCAACGUGGCCGUCAAGUGUCUGAAGACGGACGUGCUGAACCAGCCGGACGCCCUGGCCGACUUCAACCGGGAGGUGAACGCCAUGCACUCGCUGGACCACCAGAACCUGAUCCGGCUCUACGGCGUCGUCCUCACGCACCCCAUGAAGAUGGUGACAGAGCUGGCUCCCCUGGGCUCCAUGUUGGACCGCUUGCGGAAGAACCAGGGCCACUUCCUGAUCUCCACGCUGUGCCAGUACGCCAUCCAGAUCGCCAACGGCAUGGCCUACCUGGAGUCCAAGCGCUUCAUCCACCGCGACCUGGCCGCCCGCAACAUCCUGCUGGCCUCCGGCGAGCUGGUGAAGAUCGGCGACUUCGGCCUCAUGAGGGCGCUGCCCAAGAACGACGACCACUACGUCAUGCAGGAGCACCGUAAGGUCCCCUUCGCCUGGUGUGCUCCUGAGAGUCUGAAGACGCGCACCUUCUCUCACGCCACCGACACCUGGAUGUUCGGCGUGACGCUGUGGGAGAUGUGCACCUACGGCCAGGAGCCCUGGCUGGGGCUCAACGGCAGCCAGAUCCUCCACAAGAUCGAUAAGGAAGGGGAGCGCUUGCCCAAGCCGGAGGACUGUCCUCAGGACAUCUACAACGUCAUGCUGCAGUGCUGGGCCCAGAAGCCCGACGACCGGCCCACCUUCGUGGCACUGCGCGAGUUUCUGGUGGAGACCAUGCCGACGGACAUGAGGGCCCUGCAGGACUUCGACGAGCCGGACAAGCUGCUGAUCCACAUGAGCGACGUCAUCACCAUCAUCGAGGGCAGGGCGGAGAACUACUGGUGGCGGGGGCAGAACAAGAGCACGCUGAAGGUGGGCCAGUUCCCGCGCAACGCCGUGACCUCGGUGGCCGGCCUCUCGGCCCACGACAUCAGCCGCCCGCUGAAGAACAGCUUCAUCCACACGGGCCACGGCGACACCAACCCCCGCCGCUGCUGGGGCUUCCCCGACAAGAUCGACGACCUGUACCUGGGGAACCCCAUGGACCCCCCGGACAUCCUGGGACUGGACUUCAAGGCGGCUCGCCCCACACAGCUCCCGGGACGGGCCAAAAAGGAGCCGCCCCCUCGGCCGCCCCAGCCGGCCCUGCUGGUCCAGAAGCCCUGCUAUGACCCGGUGACUGAGGAUGAGGAGCAGAGCGCGUCGGGGCUGAAGCGGCUGUCUCUGAAGAGGCCGGGGUCGGUGAAGGGGCUCAAGCUGAGGCCGGCCGCCUGGGUCUCGGCCACCAGGCCGGGGGAGCGGCCGGCCUACGGGAGCCGCAGCGCGGGCAGCACCCCCAGCGAGGUGUCCCUCAUCGACUUCGGGGAGGAGCUCCCCUCGGCCACGCCCUCCCCCUCCCCCGUGGUGGAGACGCGGGUCCCCUCUCUGGCCAGGCUGGCCCUGGAGGCGGAGUCCAUCCUGGACACGACUCCGCCCCAGAGCCCCUCCCGGACCCUGCCCCGCCCCCUGCACCCCACCCCCGUAGUGGACUGGGACGCCCGGCCCCUGCCCCCGCCCCCGGCCUACGACGACGUGGCCCAGGACGAGGAGGACGUGGAGGUGAGCUCCAUCAACAGUGGCGAGCGGCAGGGCGCCACCUACGCGCCCGUGGCGGAGGGGUGGGAGGGGCCAGGGGAGGGGCCACGGGAGGGGUGGGAGGGGCCUCGGGAGGGGUGGGAGGGGCCGCGGGAGGGGUGGGAGGGGCCGGGGGAGGGGGAGAAGCCUCGCGUGGAGGACAACCUCUUCCUCCCCAGCCGGCCCGGCCAGAACAGCAGCUUCUCCCAGUCGGCGGAGAUCUUCCAGGAGCUGCAGCAGGAGUGCAUGCGGAGGCUCCACGUCCCCCAGCGCUCGCCCCUCCCCCCGUCGCCCAGCCCCCCCGGCCCGGACGGCCCCCACCGCCAGAUCCUGCUCCCCUCCCCCUCCUCCGCCUCCUCCGAGGACAAGCCCCAGAUCCCGCCCCGCGUGCCCAUCCCGCCCCGCCCCGUCAGACGCAACGACUACGCCCGCCGCUCCGGGGACCUGUCCCCCGCCCCCCCGGCGGGGGAGGGCGACGGCCGGGACCGGCCCCCUCAGAUCCCUCCCCGGGACCCCCUGUCCCAGCCCACCUCCCGCACCCCCAGCCCCAUGACGCUCCUGGUGGGGUCCCCCCCGCAGCGGGCCACUCUGACCUGCUCCGCCCCCCCGGGGCCCCCCCACCUCCUCUCCACCUCGCCCAUGCCCACCACCCAGAGCUUCGCGUCCGACCCCAAGUACGCCACGCCCAAAGUGAUCCAGGCCCAGGCCCGGGAGUGCGCCCGGGCGCCCUGCAUCCUGCCCAUCGUCCGCGACGGCAGGAAGGUGAGCAGCACGCACUACUACCUCCUGCCCGAGCGCCCGCCCUACCUGGACCGCUACGACCGCUUCUUCAGGGAGGCGGAGGCCGGCGGGGACGACCGGCGGGCCGCCAACACCGCCACCGUGCGGCCCAUGGUGCUCCAGCCCCAGCCCCAGCCCCAGCCCGGCCAGCUCAAGGCCAACUUCUCCUCCAACAACAACAGCACCCUGGCCUCCGGGGCCGGCCUGCCCAGGGGCCCCGCCGGUCUGCUCGCCGUGCCCAGGCCGGGCGGGGAGGGGCAGAUGGGGAGGCCCGACGGGCUCGGCACCGCCGACCGGGUCAAGCUGGUGCAGGAGGCGGUCCACGGCGUGACCAUAGAGGAGUGCCAGGCGGCCCUGCAGAACCACAGCUGGAACGUGCAGAGGGCAGUUUACUAUCUGAAGGUAGAGCAGCUGUUCUGUCUGGGACUGAAGACCAGGGUGGAGUGUCUUAAGAUUCUGGAGAUGUACGACUGGAACCUGGAGCUGGCCAGCACCCAGCUGCUGGACUCCUACGGCUCCGUCAGGCAAAGGCGCUGACGGACGUCACGCGGACGCCGAGUCCCCGCGGUCCCGGUUCCGACCCGGGAGAGGCCCGGAGCCAGCGCCCGCUCCCGCUCCCGUUGCCGCGGGCGCCGCUCACCAUGGGGAGAGAGAGUUCCGCCCAGAACUGCGCUCGCUCUCGUACCUGAGGCAGACCCGCCAUAGCGUGGGGCCCGCCGACCGCAGGGUCCACAGUGGCCCCCCCGUAGCGUGCGCUCGCCUGUACGGACAGCACCCCCCCUCGUCCGCCGUCCUCCACGGAGCUCUGCUGCGUUUCGGCAGGGGGUCAGAGUUCAGCCGGCCCAGUAUUGAGAGUCUUGACGGGAAGCCUGUCGCUGUUCCGCGCCUCGUCAGUCUCCUCCUCCUUUUAUACAGAGUUCUAUAUGACACACAGAGGAGAGGAAUAUGUGUUUCUUUCUUUGCAUUUAUAUAUUUGCAUCAAAUAUGUCUCGUCUUUAUUUGAAAUGUUUCGUGGUUGGUUUUUGUGCGGUCUGUGCGCAGAGGACAUUUUGGCAAAGUUGGAUUGAAGAAGUUCAAUUAAAGUUUUCUCUCUUUGUUCUCCAAAUAUACGAAACCCCAUUUUAAGAGAUCCCGAUGCAGAUUUCUUUCACGCAGCACAACCACGGUGACUUUGCGAGAGACCCAAAGGGGGGGUUCUGUGUCCUGUCUGUCCUAACUGGCUUCCGUCCUCUCCAGGCUCUCUUCUGUGACUGCUCAGUCCUUUCUCUGUGAUUUCUCGGUGAUUUCUCUGUGAUUUCACUGCGCUUUCUCAGCCCUUUCUCUGUGAUUUCUCUGUGAUUUCUCUGUGAUUUCACUGCGCUUUCUCAGCCCUUUCUCUGUGAUUUCUCGGUGAUUUCACUGCGCUUUCUCAGCCCUUCCUCUGAUUUCUCAGUCCUCCGCCUCGCCUCGUUCGUUUCUCUCUUUCAGCAACGGUUUCAUUGGACUCCAUUGUGUCUCCGGAUCAGGUUGACUCCCCGUAUGCUAAAGACAUGGGAACAGUGGACGAUACACUUACUGAAAUGUAAUUUGUGUCAACACAGGAGAACGUGAAAUCCAAAAUAUAGGAAUAAAGAAUAAUAUAAUGAAUAAUAUACUGCACAUAUUACAAAAGGUAUAUGUAAUUGCCAUUUUCUGCAAACAUGAAUGAUUACAUUUAAGUUUCCUAAUUUAUUCAGUAUGUUCGGAUAUCUUCAAGUUAUGCUCAGAUCCUUUUUCGAUUAUAUACUUUAACAUGGAGUACUUUUUCACAGGUGCAGACAGCAGGGAAGAUUUAGAAAUGAAUGUUGGAGGUCAUAUUUAACGACAAUAAUUGCUUAGCGCCAAGGUGAUGUUGUGAUGUUCAGGAUUACAACUGUAGGUCUCCAAUCAAAUGACGGGCAUCCACGUGUGGAAGAUCCUGCCUAAUUGUCCUUAGCGUAGGCAUGUGCUGCCUGGUCAGUAAUUAGCACAGUACAUAUACAUAUGCUCUUUCAGCGGUAUCUGUACUGUACUGUUAAAUGCAUGCUUAACUAGUCUUCCAAUCUCUUGUGACGUUAUUGCUGCUACCGCCUCUGUGUGUGUGCGUGCGUGCGUGCGCGUGUGUCUGCGCACACGCUCCCGGAACUUCUGUUUUAAGGUAGCAAAGCCGUGGAGCUUGUCGAUCACAGUGGAUCCGAGCUGCAUCUCAGCAGCAGACCUUAAGAAGUGCUGUUGCGAACAGCAGACGAGCCACAGCGCUUAUUCUUUGUGCAUAUUGAUGCUCAGAUGCUUCCCCUGCUUUUUAGUAGCUCCUGUGCCGUUUCUCACGUAGUCCUGAGCAACUUCCAUUACAUAGAAUCACAUAUAUUUAUAUAUAUUUAUAUAUAUAUAUACAUAUAUAUACCGUUGUCCCAAAGUGAUGGCAAUGCUCCUUUGCUGUAAACGCAUAGGCAAAAACACUCUGAAGUCAUUGAUGUAAGUCUUUGUGAGUCAGCCUGGUGUCGUCCUGCAUCGAGCUCUCCCGUCCAGUCUUACCUUUACGCUUUUGCGCGUGCUAGUUUUCGUACAGACUGCUGUACGGAAAGGCGCAUCGUUUGUGGCGUGAUGAAAACGGCGAGACCCUCAGCGCGUUUGCGCCCGUGUUGUGCUUCUGUGUGCUCCGUCCAGUCCCUACACGCUCGCUGUGUUUCUCGUGUUCCACCUGUUCCGAAUGGUUGUACAAUUAAAUAUCUUUUUUUUUUAAGUCCUGGAUGUCAGAAAUUGUGCAAGAUAUAAUGUUGCCGAUCAGAAAUGUAUAUAUGUAUUUUUUAUUAAAAAAUUAACUAUUUUUUA